GAAGAAGAAGAAGAAGAAGAAGAAGAAGAAGAAGAAGAAGAAGAAGAAGAAGAAGAAGAAUUAUUAUUAUUAUUAUUAUUAUUAUUAUUUCCGGCUCUGUUCUUUUAUUUUUUGAGUUUCUGCGCGCGUCAUCUGCAGUAGUCGAGGAGAAGUCAAACUUUAAAUAUUUAGAUGUAACAUCAGUGUUUAAAAUGCCGAACAUCAGACACCAGAAGUUUCGGAGCUUUCUGACUGAACGAUUUACUACCGUGGCAGUGGAGAUUUUUGCCGAAGUUGAAACUAUUGUGGAGGCUUAUUAUGAGGAAAACAAACGUCUGCGGAACAUGCUGCACAUGGUGCUCAGCCCCGAAAUAAAGUUACCCAGGAUAGAUGUUAGUGGGUACACUAGAGCAACCACAGAUGUCAGAGCGCAGCCCCCUGAGCUGAACACUGGGGUGGACCUGGAAAUAUCAGAGCCGUUGCCUAAAAAACCUAAAGAAGAGCAAAUUGAAUAUGACAUAAGUUCGGAAUCAGAACAACAACAACAACAACAAAAACAACAACAACAACAACAACAAGGGCUUGGGGCAACUGAUAACUUCAUUACUCCAGAUUGUGUGAAAAAUGACCCAGAUGAAGAAGACUCAAGCAUGCCCUGCAUCGCUGACUCGUACCACAUUAAAGUGGUGGAGUUCAACCCCGACUCUUCGGCCACUCUCUCAGCUGAUGAAGCGAAUUAUGAACAUGAGGACUUUUUCUCAUCGGACUCAGAUUGUCCACAGCUAUCCAGGAGCGAAGAAAGCACCAGUAAAAGUCAGGAAGCUGAAAAACAUAAUAGAAAGUCAAUGAAAAAGAAGAAGUCAAAGCGCUUCCUACAGAAAACCAUGCUAGAAUUACCAAGGAUGAUGCCCUACAAAUCUUUCAUUGCUGCCCCAACUGACUGCCAGUCCCUUUUGGCAAGGCUCACUGAAGCCUUCAAGAAUGUUCCUGAUAACAAGAAGCCUCUGAUAACCAAAAUGGGGCUCAAAGAUGAUGUGGAAUUAGUGGACUGUGCUUUUGGUAAAGUCCCUAAAGGUUGCCCUCUGUCCUACCAGUGCCCUGUGCCAUCAAGUCAGGAUUACAAGAUGAAUGACAAUGCUCCCCUUCGACCGCUGCUUCCCCUGUCUUCUCACACACUGGAGCCAAUGUCUGCUCUUCCCACCCUCAGUGCCAAGGAGCAGGACCACGUGAACGUCAUGCAGAUCACCUGGGAGGCAGCACACAGUCUGGAGCACUCCACAUGUAGACACAAGGAGUUAGUAGAGGAGCUGCGGAAGCUGCGCUUGACCAGCCGUUUCAAGGAGAUCUGCAAACUUAAACCAGUGCGGAGCCACGCGGAGCACCUGAUAUUCAAGAUAGAGAAAGGGUUCCCCAGGUGCAAGAUGGCACAGAUAGAGGAGGAAAUGAAGAGCGAAGCACUUCGGGAAUACUGUCGGCAGUUGUGUGUCAACUGGUCCCCCUGCGGUUUGGUUGUCCAUCCGAAUGCUCCAUGGCUGGGGGCACAGCCUGACGGGUUGGUGUACGACCCCAGCGAGAUGUCCAGUUUCGGGCUGGUGCAUGUCAAAUGCAUCAGGUUCCGGAGCUUCGUCGACUGCGGGUUCAUGUUCUGCCAGGACGGAGUCCUGCAACUGAAGAAGACCCACUCGUACUAUUGGCACAUCCAAGGAGAGAUGAUGGUGACAGGCACGUCGUGGUGUGAUCUGUUGGUGUACUCCAGAGAAGACAUACUGGUUCAACGCAUCUACCGAGACAAGGUUAUCAUCAAUGUCAUGAAGAAGAAGUUGGCUGAUUUCUUUUUCCAGUACUACCUGCCAAGUCUUGUUUCAAACUGAUGUCACAUCUUGAGUUUUUGGGACAUUGUCGCACUGCUGUCAUACACUACAUGCUGUUCCCCUCAGGUAGUUGGUGGUGAGUUUUAACAUAUUGCAAACGACUUGAAUGUGAUCUUUUCUGACCACUAAUGUUCUACUUGCAUUAUUAAAUUUGUGUUGUUGGUCAUGUGUUCUGUAAGAUUUCUCUCAUUCAGGUAUUUCAUUAGCCAUGGAUACAUUUUUGAUAUUUUGUAUUUUCUUUUAUUUUGAAAUGACUGUUGAGAUAGCCAGACCCCGUAUGCAAUUUCUAAAUUAAAUUUGAGUUUUUAUUCGCCACGUUUGCCCCUUACUACUC